AUUUCUUGUUGUUGUGGUGUUAGUGCCUCAGUGGUGGAUGGCCAUGUAUUGGUGUGCUCCUGUCACUAGUGUGGCAAGACAGGUAUUAUUUCUCUCACCACGACAGAUUGUUCAUCAUAAUUUCCCAACAAGAAGAAAGAAAAUUGUGAUAGGUUCUUUAUGGGGGAUCAACAGUGACAAUCAUUGUCCAAAAGUGUCACCAAGAUGGUUUUCUACAAAUGGAAAAGAAGAAAAGCCAACUUGUAACGUUGGAACCAUCGGCCAUGUGGACCACGGGAAGACCACCCUGACGGCAGCUAUCACCAAGGUCCUCCAUAAGGAUGGACUUUCCACCCCCAUUACUUAUGAUCAGAUUGAUCGUGCACCUGAGGAAAAAUUGAGAGGCAUAACCAUCAACACUGCACAUGUUUCCUACUCCUCGUCACUAAGACACUAUGCUCACACUGACUGCCCAGGUCACGCUGACUAUGUGAAGAACAUGAUAUCUGGCACAUCUCAGAUGGACGGAGCCAUCCUUGUUGUUGCAGCAAGUGAUGGACAAAUGCCACAAACUAGAGAACACCUCCUACUAGCCAAGCAAGUGGGAGUGGGGAAAGUUGUUGUAUUUAUCAACAAGUCUGACCUCGUGGAAGAUGAUGUGUUAGAGUUGGUUGAGCUCGAGGUUCGGGAGUUAUUGGAAGAUUUUGGUUUUGAUGGUAUUAACACACCCUUCGUGAAUGGCUCUGCCCUCCUUGCCCUACAGGGAGAUCAGGGAGUAUAUGGGGAAAAGAGCAUUUUGAAGCUAGUGAAAGCCCUGGAUGAAUAUAUUUCGAUUCCAACCCGAGAUCUUAAAUCUCCCUUCCUGCUGCCCAUAGACAAUUACUUUAGUGUUCCUGGCCGUGGAUCUGUAGUAACUGGAACUCUCAAACAGGGUAUCAUCAGAAAAGGAGAAGAGGCAGAACUACUUGGCUUUGAUCGUCGAAUAAAGACUGUUGUUACUGACCUUCAGGUAUUCAAGAAAUCUGUACCAAGGGUAGAGGCAGGGCAGAACUUGGGUGCAUUACUUCGAGGUGUUCGUCUGGAGGUACUCAGUAGAGGCAUGACUCUCUGUGCUUUAGAUUCCCAAAAAUACGGCAAUAGGUUUGAAGCUGCAUUGUACCUCUUGAGCCGUGGAGAAGGUGGUAGGUCUCGCCCAGUAACUAGUCAGUACAUACAACAACUCUAUAGCAACACCUGGAAUGUGACUUGUCGUGUUGACUUACCAGAGGGUGUGGACAUGUUGAUGCCAGGUGACCACGGAACAGUGCUGGUGACCUUACAAGAGCGCAUGGUGAUGGCUCCCAACCAGCCAUUUACCGUCAGGGAAAACAAUGUUACUGUUGCCACCGGCAUAAUAACUAAAGUAUCACCAAGUGUAGUAAUCAGUCAGAAGAGAUUAGAUAAAAUUGAUUUUAAAGCAAUUUCUAACUAAAUAAUUUUUAAUAUAAUUAGUCUUGGUUUUAGAGUAUAUUUAAUAAAUUAUAUAAUUAA